ACUGGCAGGCAGGCAAUGCCAGGUGCCGGAGCCCAGACGGAGGAGGGCGGCGGCGGUGGCAGCGGCGGCAGCAGCAGCGAGGGCGCCGCCCCGGGGGCCGCCGCGGAGCUCGGGGCGGGGCCCGGGCGGGAGCCGGCGCGGCUGUGCGGCUACCUGCAGAAGCUGUCGGGCAAGGGCCCGCUGCGCGGCUACCGAAGCCGCUGGUUCGUGUUCGACGCGCGACGCUGCUACCUCUACUACUUCAAGAGCCCGCAGGACGCGCUGCCUCUCGGUCACCUGGACAUCGCCGACGCCUGCUUCAGCUACCAGGGCCCCGACGAGGCGGCGGAGCCCGGCGCGGAGCCGCCCGCGCACUUCCAGGUGCACAGCGCGGGAGUCGUCACCGUCCUCAAGGCUCCUAAUCGUCAACUCAUGACUUACUGGUUACAGGAGCUUCAGCAGAAGAGAUGGGAAUAUUGCAAUGGUCUCGACAUGGUGAAGUGGGACAGCAAGACCUCCCCAACUCCUGGGGACUUUUCUAAGGGUCUUGUAGCCAGAGAUAACACAGAUUUAAUUUACCCACAUCCAAAUGCUUCUGCAGAAAAAGCCAGAAAUGUCUUAGCUGUGGAAACUGUCCCCGGAGAGCUGGUGGGAGAACAGGCUGCAAGCCAACCAGCCCCAGGCCAUCCAAAUCCCAUUAAUUUCUCUUUGAAACAAUGGGGCACCGAGCUCAAAAAUUCCAUGUCCUCUCUCCGACCUGGCAGAGGGAAUAAUGAUAGUCGAAAAAGUGUGUUUUAUACCAAUGAAGAGUGGGAACUUUUAGACCCACCCCCCAAGGACCUGGAGGAGUCCAUGGCACAGGAAGAAAAGAAGAAGCAGCCCCCUGAAGGAAGCAAAGGAGGAACUGGCGUGGGAUUCCCCUUUGAUUUCGGACGAAUUCCGUACAAAGGAAAGCGUCCCUUGAAAGACAUGAUUGGGUCGUAUAAAAACCGUCACAGUACUGUUGACCCUUCAGCUGAGGGGACAUUGAGCAGUGGCAGCAUCAGCAAGCCAGCCUCCGAAAUGCAGCUGCAGAUUCAGAACCAGCAAGAGGAACUAGAACGGUUAAAGAAGGACCUGUCCAGUCAGAAGGAGCUGGUCCGGCUGCUCCAGCAGACAGUCCGGUCUUCCCAGUAUGACAAAUACUUCACGAGCAGCCGACUCUGCGAAGGAGUCCCAAAGGAUACACUUGAGCUUCUGCAUCAAAAGGAUGAUCAGAUUUUGGGCCUCAACAGCCAACUCGAGAGAUUCAACCUGGAAAAAGAGAGUCUUCAGCAGGAAGUGAGAACGCUGAAGAGCAAAGUGGGUGAGCUCAAUGAGCAGCUGGGAAUGCUGAUGGAAACGAUCCAAGCCAAGGACGAGGUCAUCAUAAAGCUCUCGCGGCAGCUCAGUGAGUGUGAGGGCAGCGCGUCUUCUCCAGCCUCUGUGCCCAGCUCUCCCUCUGCCGCCCCAGCCAUCAGGGACCAGCUGGAGCUGGACAGGCUGAAAGAUAACCUACAGGGGUACAAAACCCAAAACAAAUUUCUAAAUAAGGAGAUUUUGGAACUCUCGGCUCUACGAAGAAAUGCAGAAAGGAGGGAGAGAGAUCUGAUGGCAAAGUAUUCUAGCCUAGAAGCCAAGCUCUGCCAAAUAGAAAGUAAAUAUUUGAUAUUACUUCAAGAAAUGAAGACGCCAGUUUGUUCAGAGGAACAGGGACCUGCUCGGGAUGUCAUAGCCCAGUUGCUGGAGGAUGCUCUGCAGGUUGAGAGCCCGGAGCAGCCAGAGCAAGCAUUCAUUAAGCCUCACCUCGUCAGUGAAUAUGAUAUUUAUGGAUUUAGGACUGUACCUGAGGAUGACGAGGAAGAGAAGUUGGUGGCCAAAGUUCGAGCAUUGGACCUGAAGACUCUCUACCUCACAGAAAACCAAGAAGUUUCCACUGGGGUCAAAUGGGAAAACUAUUUUGCAAGCACAAUGAACAGAGAGAUGAUGUGUUCUCCAGAAUUAAAAAACCUGAUCCGUGCAGGAAUUCCACAUGAGCACCGUUCCAAGGUGUGGAAGUGGUGUGUAGACCUUCAUACGAGAAAGUUCAAGGACAGCACUGAGCCUGGUUACUUCCAAACCUUGCUUCAGAAGGCGCUUGAGAAACAAAACCCGGCCUCCAAGCAGAUCGAGUUAGACCUGCUGCGGACUUUGCCUAACAACAAACAUUACUCCUGCCCCACUUCGGAAGGCAUACAGAAGUUACGCAACGUCCUGCUUGCCUUUUCCUGGCGGAAUCCAGAUAUCGGCUACUGCCAAGGACUAAACAGAUUGGUGGCAGUGGCCCUCCUGUACCUGGAACAAGAAGAUGCUUUCUGGUGUCUAGUUACCAUAGUGGAAGUUUUCAUGCCUCGAGACUAUUACACAAAGACUCUUUUAGGAUCCCAGGUGGACCAGCGGGUGUUCAGAGACCUCAUGAGUGAGAAGCUGCCUCGGUUGCAUGCCCACUUCGAACAGUACAAAGUUGACUACACCCUCAUCACGUUCAACUGGUUUCUGGUGGUGUUUGUGGAUAGUGUCGUUAGUGACAUCCUCUUUAAAAUAUGGGACUCUUUUCUUUAUGAAGGACCAAAGGUUAUUUUCCGUUUUGCCCUGGCACUUUUUAAAUACAAGGAAGAAGAGAUUCUGAAAUUGCAAGACUCGAUGACCAUAUUCAAGUAUCUCCGUUACUUCACACGCACUGUCCUUGAUGCCAGGAAGCUCAUCAGUAUCUCCUUUGGGGACUUGAACCCAUUCCCCCUGCGCCAGAUCCGGAACCGGCGUACCUACCACUUGGAGAAGGUCCGGCUGGAGCUGACGGAGCUGGAGGCCAUCCGCGAGGACUUCCUGCGUGAACGAGACACCAGCCCUGACAAGGGUGAGCUGGUCAGCGACGAGGAAGAGGACACCUGAGUGGACCCACUGUGACACUGCUCUUGUCUUCACAACCAAAGUGUGCCAAAAGGGUGGACUGCAGAGAUGUCUCUGCCUGGUCAAAAGCCAGAAUUUACCUGCAUGGUCUCUGGGAAUCUGCUGGGCAGAUGUCCAAAGCCACACUGUACUUUCUCAUUUCCACUCGGAAUGGGGGACCAAAUCUGUUUACAGCCAUUUUCAUGCCGUGGCAUUUUGGUUAUAUGUAUUACUGUCAUGCUUUCUGACUGAUUGGUGAAUCAACCUGCUUAUCAUUUGGCUAUUUUCAAGAGCCCGUUUACAGCAUC